AUGUAUUACAAAACGUUAAUUUGCACUUGGAAUAUUUUGGACGAUUCGCAUAAAAUUUUAUUAGGAAAUUGUUUAAUAAUUUUCGGUAUAACUGGUUUAGUGUUAAACAUUUGGUUGUUUAUCGCAUUUAUUCGCAAUCAAAUCGUUUCAUCAAGAAGUUAUUUAUUUAUGCUCGCUUUUUGUAUUGCUUGUAUAGUAAGAGGAAUUUUAGUUGUUGUGUUUUCAUCGUUUUCAGCUUUAUUAACCAGAUGGUUAUUCGGAUACACAGCAUGUCAACUUUUUGGAUUUUUCAAAUUAACAGUUGGAAUUUUUCAAAUGACUUUAUUGGCAUUUAUGGGAAUCGAAAGAUAUUUAUCGGUGGGAACGAUGCAUAAAGGAGAAGAACUUUCUUAUAAAUUCUACAUCAUUUCAAGCGUUUUUUGUUGGAUUUUUGCAAUGACAAUAGCGAGUUUUCCUUUGGUUGGUUACAGCGGUUAUAUUUAUGACACAACGUGUACAGCUUGCGAAUUAGAUUGGAAAUUAAAUGAUUAUUAUCAAAAAUCUUUUAACAUCUCCGUUAUAGUCUUAACUGCAAUCAUUCCAAUUUUGAUUAAUUGCUUAUUUUUGUAUUUCGCCACGAUAAAAGAAAAACAAUUUUCAAAAAGGAAGCGUUACAACCAAACGGAUACAACAAAAGCUGUUGGAAUGACGACAAUCUUAACUUAUUUAUUUUGGAUACCCCGCGCGAUUUUAAUCGCUUGGAUUCCUUAUGUUAAAGGAAAAAUUCCUGUUGCGUUGACAGUGAUGGCACCUUUAGGGGCUGAGGUCUCAGUUAUAAUUCCGGUAUUGACAUACCUUGUAUACUUGCCAGGAUUGAGACAUGCCUUAAUCGUGGCCUUAAGCAAAAGGAAUUAGUAAUAAGAAACGAUGUUU